AUGUCGAACUCGGGAGUCCGUUGCGGUGCGGUGAAAUUCGUGCUGGCGGGAAACGGGGUCAAGUGUGUGCUGGCGGUUCGAAGUUGUAAAGUUCAUCUCUUUGACGCAACUGUCGAGUCCUCAGAAGCGACCAGCCGAUCACCUCCUGAUGACUUACCAGCGGCGAAGUCGCCGGGGAAUGCGGAGGCUACUGAGCAUGGCCCAGCCGGCUUCACGGAAACGCAACGGUUCGUUACUCCCCCGAAAUCCCCGUCAGCAGUUCACGGCAUUCAGGGAAAUGCCGCCAUGGCCUCACAACGCGCUGCGGAUAGGCCAUCGGAAACCGCACGAUUUCCGCAAUUAGCGGUGACGACUCUUACGCAGGAUCAUCGCGCGCUUCUGUCACACCCUAGAAGUGACAUUAAAGAAGAAGUUUCUGAAGUUCCCCGUGCAAGCGGCGAUGAUCCUGAGGUAGGACGGACAGAGAGCGGAUUCGACUGGGACAGGAAUGGUGCAGCUCACCCGCUGCUCAGACCCAGCGACAGCAGAGACGAUCAUUCGCUUAACGGAGGGACCUUUUCCGUCAGCCAAGGCGUUCCGUCAGUCAGCAAAGGUGCUCCGUCCGUGGCCAGGAAUCGGGAGGCAUCAGGUGGAAGCAACGCAAGAGAGCUACAUAGCGGCUGGGAUGCUGGGGGGAUGCUACGAUCCGUGCAUGGUCUGCUGCCAAGGAACGCACAGGCCCUGCUGGCCCCGAUAAAGGAAAGCUUCUGGACAAUCACAGCCCUCGCAGUGGCGAUUUCCGGGGCAGCGAUUCUGCUGGCAAUUACCCUCUCGUUCGCGCUCGUGCCCGCCGCAGCCCCUGGCAAUUAUCUGUCCAUGCAGGACAUUGGAGUCCCCUUCAACCUAUCCUGGCAGGGAUAUCGCACCUACCUGCAGCAGCUGCAGCCACUACAACAGCACGUGGGUCUGCCCUCCAUCCCCUUCCACCCGCUCCCCCGCGGCCCCCACGGCUUCAUCCAGUUCUCCGCCUACCGCCUCUCCUCGCGCUCUUUCGCUGUCGUGGGCUUCGGGGCGCAUUAUCUCAAGGACCAUUUAGGCGCUGUUAGAUGCUUAUGGCAGGGAAGCAAUGGGCUAGAGCUGAAGGCGGAACCCACAAUUAUCUACACCAAUCUGCGGGAAGAGAGUGACUACGAUGCAAUUGUUAUAAGAUGGUUUGUUGUGAUAUCGCUUGACGGUGGAAAUCGAGGAGUCUCAGUUAUGGCAAUGGUGUGGUGUGGUGGCAAUGAUGGGUCACACUUGAUCGCUGAUGGGCCUCCCUCAUUUCCUGGUGAGCAGACCGCACAUAUGCCUACCUUUGGAAUCCCUCCCUCCUUGUCCGUCCCAUCUCAUCCCAGUGCGAGUUGGAGGAGUCACCAGGGGAUGCUGGUGGGGAGCUCUUUCUCACGAUUGCUCACGAGCCCUUCCUUUGGACCACAUCACGCCUGCUUGUCCCAUCCCUCCGUCCCAUCCCAGUGCGAGUUGGAGGAGUCAACGGGGGAUGCUGAUGGGGACCUCAGGGGAUAUGGAACCUUACCACAUCACUCCUGCGUUUCCCAUCCCUCCUCCAUCCCAUCCCAGUGCGAGUUGGACGAGUCAACAGGGGAUGCUGGUGGGGACCUCUUUCUCACUAUUACCAACGAACAAGCCCUUCUAUUAGACCACAUCACUCCUGCGUUUCCCAUCCCUCCUCCAUCCCAUCCCAGUGCGAGUUGGUCGAGUCAACAGGGGAUGCUGGUGGCGACCUCUUUCUCGAUAUUGCUAGCGAGCCCUUCCUCGCUCUCAGGUGAUUCUUCUGCUGAUCUCAGAGAGAGCUCCGCCCUGCAGCAUGCCAUUGUGCCGCCCGACUUUGACCGCCUGCCGCAUGUGCUGACGAUAUGCGCCGUGCGCAUGGGGCGGCAGGUGGAGGCGAGAACAGUGCACGAGUGGCUGAGCUACCACUGGCACCUCGGGGCUACCCAGUUCCGCCUCUAUGACGCUGGCGCAAUGGAUGAGACCCUUGCCACAGUCCUCGAUACCUUCCUGCGCAACGACUCGUUAAAAGUCAUCCCCACACGGCAGCUAUCCUUAUACAAUAUCGAGUACGAUGCGCACUCUCUGAGCGCCCUAGACUGCCUCUACAGCACACACUUCACAUCGCAGUGGGUUACCGUGUUACCACCCGACAGUUACCUCUACGUCACACCCCCACACACCCUCCUCUGCUUCCUCUCUCAAUACGCCUCCAAGCCGUGGCUCACAUUCGGGGCACACGAGUGGAGCACAGAGAAAUGCCGGGAGGGGAUUGUGUGGGAGAAUGUGACAACGGAGGAGUGGAUGGGGUGGAGGGAGGAGAGUCCGUUUGUGGUGGAGUGGCUGGCGUAUAGGCGGAGGGAGAAUGUGUGUGAGGGGGGUGGGGAGGACAGGGAGAAGUGCAUUGGGAAGGAGGGGCAGCGAUCGCACUUCACCAACCCGAGAAAGGCUGGCGUCUUGGGCUACUAUGAUGUGCGAGAGACAGACAGCGGGGGGGAGCAUGUCAUUUAUAGCGAGAUGCACAAAAACGUGUAUCCGAACCUGCACGAGAGGUCCGAGUUCGGCCGGACCUGCCGAGAGGUCAGUGGAGCAGAGGAAUGGGACGGGUGGGUGAGGGACGUGACUGCAGCUGAUUAUGCCAAGCAGUUGAGAAAAAGCCCGCAGCCAACAGUAUGA